UGUUAAAACGUUUUUAAACCCGAAAUUGUUCUUUUGCAGCGUGUAUGCAUAUCCGAGAGUGUUUUAAUGUCCAGGAAUGGAUAAUCAAUGGAUAACUUUACUUUCCAUCCCACCCAGGCAAAAACCCAUCAUCCCUGUGCAGUGAGCAGUGUGCAAUGGAAAGCAGUAGGCACCUGGUCUGUGCUGUGCGUAGCCCACUGUGCAUGGCACUCAUUUAAAGCCUGUGAUUCAUUGGUGAUUCUGUAUUAUUGGCCAUCCCUUGGUCUUGCAAUGUGCAACCUGGCGGCCCUAUUUAGUAUUUGGGGCCGCUAUUUCGAGCCCAAGGCCAAGGGCAGGUGGUAUGCCAUAGACUGCAUAGUCCGAAAGAACGGUGUAUGCAUAUCCAUGUCCACGUACCGGCAGUAAGCAGCUGGAUUAGUCGAGUGCCCCCCCCCCCUUGCCAGGACUAAUGUUGACCCGCCACUUCCCAUCCCCCCACAUCACUAUCUCUGGUCUAAUUCAAUGUCAUGUCAAAAGGGUUCUGUCAAAGUCCAUGCCCUUUGGCGCUGCACAGUGUCAUCGAAGGUUAACUAUCUUCAAUGUUCAAGAUUUGGCAAAUUUGAAAGAAUUGUAAAUGGUACCACGGCUGACUUUCCAAGAUGUUGUUGAGCUACAUAAAAACGCUGGCGAUAGUGCACAUGCUGCUGGGUUAUAUCUUCAUCACGAGUGGCCUCAUUGUGAACUUCUUCAUGUUCUGUUCCUGUAUCAUCUGGCCAUUCUCACGAAGUCUCUACAGAAGAGUGAACAAAUAUCUUGCCUACAGUAUUUGGAGUCAAAUGGUCUUCCUUGCUGAAUGGUGGUCUGGUUCAGAAGUGGAGGUUGUUGCCCCACCAGAGGAUCUAAAGUACUAUGGCAAAGAACACGGAUUAGUUGUGAUGAAUCAUAAGUAUGACAUUGAUUGGCUGGCAGGGUGGGUUCUUGCUGAAAGGUGUGGUCUGUUAGGGAGUACCAAAGUCUAUGUGAAAGAUUCGCUACGAUACGUCCCCGUGAUCGGGUGGAGUUGGCAUUUCACGGAGGCGUUGUUUCUGAAGCGCAACAUUGAGAAAGACAAGAAGAUCAUCAAGGAGCAGUUGGCUGAGCUCACUGAUUAUCCCCCAGAUCUCAAAGUUUGGAUUUUGCUGUUUGCUGAGGGUACUAGAUUCACCGAGAAGAAGCGACUAGUCAGCAAUGAAGUAGCCAGGAAGAAAGGUCUCCCAGAACUCAAGCAUCAUCUGCUACCCAGGACAAAAGGGUUUACCCUCUCUAUGUAUGCAUUAAAAGGAAUUAUGCCUGUGUGUUACAAUUGUAUCCUGGGCUUCAAGGAUGAAGGUGCUGCCCCCACUCUCUCUAAUAUAUUGAAUGGCAAAAAGACUGUUUCUCAGUUAGUCGUCAGGAGGCUACCACUGACAGAUGUGCCUGAUGAUGAAGAGGGGGCUUCCAACUGGUUGAUACAUAGAUAUAAAGAAAUGGAUGACAUUUAUGAUGAAUUUACAAAGAAAGGUGAAUUCUCCGGCCAUGUCUCAAAACUUCCACGGAGAAAAUACGAUUUGUUUGUGUGGUGUUUCUGGGCAAUCCUCUUGUGCACGCCACUAUUUUAUUACGUUGGCAAAGCGUUCAUUUUUGGAUCGAUGUACUUACAGAUAGGAGUAAUAGUGGCUUUAUUUACUGUAUCCCUAAUCGUGCGUAUGAUGGUCGGGGUCACUCAAAUAGAACGAGGAUCUGCAUAUGGAAAGAAGAAUAGGGAAAAGAAAGAGGACUAGACCAAGAAGCUGUGUAGAGACUGCUGUACCAGCAAUUCAUAUCAAACUGAUUUACACUGUAACGUCCUAAAAUCUCUCAGAAGUGGGUCUUUAAGUUUAUCAGCAAUCAGUCACUCAAUGUUACUACUGCACAGUCUCUUUCCAUAGUUGCACAGACUGCAUCAUUCUCAAAGCACCUCCCUGAAGUAUUGUCCAGAGUGGGGAGCUUUAUAUUGUCACCUGAAUUCGUUCUCUGACAAGCACCUCGGUUUUUGAGUGAAAGUGUCAGGGGGCCUUGAAAGUUGCUAACCUUGUGUGACGUUCUAAACACAAGUCACUAUAGUUUGGCAUCAUCACCUGAAGUUUGCCGUCCAUGACUCUGUGAAGGGAGAAGUUCAGCAAAGUAACCUCUCCCAAAUGUACAAUUAUUCUGUAUUUUUUGCUAUGUUCUUGAGGUGAGAUGAUAUCAGUGAUUUAUAGUUUGGCCGGGUCUAGUACUGUGUUGACAUUUAUAAGCCAGUUUAGGGGCACCUGUACAAUUGGUCAAUUUUACCUGAAACUGCCCCAUGUGGAACAGGUGUGCCUGAAAUGGCUUACACACAUUGACACAGUAUUUUCUAUGUGGUGCUGUGUAAUUUACUUAUAAAAGAUAUUUUCAAUUGCCCUUUUAGUUUCAGUGCAUUCUCAGAAGAUACUUACCAGUUAAUACGUAUUGGUUUGUUACAAUAUUGAGACUGUUGCUCUUUGUGCAACUCAUUUUUUCAAUACUUUGAAUAUUGAUACAUUUUAUAAAUAUGUAUUUUUUAAUUAGUUGGCUAUCAGGUAUCUUUUCAUUAAUAGUUCACCGCAGUUUAAAUCUAGUACACUACCGUAAAAUAGACCCACAGACUGUAAUAGUAAUGAUGUAAUAUAUAGCAAGGGAAUGGAGCAACUUCUGUCAGUGUAUCGAAACCUUGAAGAAGAAAUUGAAGAAGUUUUUGGAUAGCCUCAUAUGAAGAACUCUCCAUAUGCUUUACAUGUAGAUUUACAACCGUCAAUUGUUAAGUUGUAUAUCAAUUCCUGACUUUCAACAAUGUAGCUAAUGUAGCAUGGUUGUGCAUAUAGUGGUAAUCUGUAGCUCCAUCACUAUUUUCAUAUUUUUCGCAUUUACAAAUAAUCGCAAUAAUAAAUGGCCGCAAUUAAGAAAAUCUCAUUAAGUUAUAGUAACAGGGUUUUCAAAACCCUAAAUUAAAGGUACUGGUAUGCAAUGAUUUCAAUUACACAAAACUGUAAAAUAGAUUGGCCAUGAAAUUUACCGGGUUUACAAAAUCAUCAGAAACGAUGUCUGUUUCUGAUAUCUUUUAUUUGACAGUCUAUAUGAAUCAAACUAUUCUGAAUGCUCAACUUCUUUUUCCAGAAAACCAUUCCUGUGAUUGUUAUUUUGCCUGUUAUUUGUUUCGCAGUGCUAUUUUGUAAUGCUUUUCUAUGUUUUUGCCAUCCUCUCCCCAGGUUUGAACUCUGCAUUUGUUGAAUCCAGUCACUUGAUCACUGUUUCUCCAGUUGCUAGAACAGAGGUUAUCUAGUGAAUAAGUCAAUUUGUGAACCAUUUAUUUGUUAAAGAUUUUCCCCCCAAGCAUCCAUUUUCAACAAAGAUAUACCUCACCAGAGACUUCUCUUAGCAGGACACCCUCCCGAAUAGAGACAGUGGUAUGGUCCAAAGGGGGUUCUUUCUUUCUUUACAUGUAUGUGUUCUACGGUAAAGCAAUGACAAAUCACUCAACUCAAAGAUAGUCAUUUAAUACUUGAUUAUUGUAACAAGAUUAAUAAAGACUGCUGGGUAGUCUUUAUCAAUUCUUGAUUUGACAAUCUCCAUGAUUCGAAAAUAGCCAGAUGGUACACUGUAGAUAGCAGUACCGUAUGCCAUUUUCUUAUGAGCAGGGUCAAUUUAGUUUCUGCUGUGUAACUUUUGCACUUAUUGUGGGUAGUAUGUAUUAAUUUGCACAACUUGGAACCUUCGUUGUAUCCUCUUUUAAACCAUUUCUAUUGUCUACCAAUCAAUAUAUUUUGUAUGACACAUUUAAUCAUGAAUUGAUUUAACCAUAAUUUGAAGA